UAAAAGCAUAGUUGGCACUCGCAAUAAUUUCAUUAACCGAUUUUGUUACAUAUAAAAUUAUUAGUAGUUAAAAAAUGGCCUGGUUUUAUAAUGUGUUAAUGUUUGUUAUAGCAAUUUAUUGUGCCAGUUGCAAUGGUUGGGAAAAAGAUAGUACUUGCCCCCUAGUAUGCACCUGCCAACUUCAACAUUUAACAGAAACGUCCAUAUACAGAUUUAUGCAAAAGGACAAAACACACUCAAUUUAUGUUGAACCUGGACCCUUUGAAAACAAUGAGGUUUUAUAUGAUGAAACUCUUGACUCAAUAGACCUAUUGGAUCCAAAUAAGAAUAUAGCAGUUCGAUCUGCAACGUGUAUUCUUCAAACAGAAACAGAUCCUUUGGAACUAAUAGAUUCUCUGUCCCCGAAUACCGAGAGUCUCACCCUGAUCCAGGCCUACCAGUCAGGAAAUAAAACUAUUCGGUUUAGUUGGUUAAGUAGAUUUGAAAAGCUUAUUAGUCUGGAGUUAAUUGGUCCCACAAUUUUCCACAAGGAUGCAGUGACUCAUCUCUUAUGUCACAUUGACUACGCACUCGAAAAUCUAAACUAUUUGAAUCUUGAAAGGGUUUUAGUUCAAAAUUCUAAAGAGCAAAUACAGUCUUUUUUGGACGUAAUCAAGGAAAACGAAAAUGUUACCUUUGAAUAUGUUCAAAAAACGAAUAGUAUCCACCCACUGACUAUUGUAAAGAAAAACGCACCAGAAGCUGAGGAAGAUAUUGUACCUUAUAAUGUUUUUAAGGAGGAACGGAAAUCUAAAGGAGAAAUUCCCUUGUUUAUUGGCUUUAGAAAAUUAAAUCUUUUACGAAUUACCAAUUGUGAACUAAGCACCAUUCAUUGGGAAAUGUUUGAUGGGCUCAAUAAGUUGGAAUACCUUAUUCUAGAAAAAAAUAAUCUCACCUAUAUACCAGCAUUUGCAUUUUAUGGCACACCCAAUUUAAAAACUCUAUCCUUAGCUCACAAUAAACUCUUGGACAUAGAGAUAACUGAUUUAGCAGGUUUAUUACAGUUAGAGUACCUUGAUUUAACAUAUAACAAUUUUACACAACUGUCUGAACUUUCAUUCCCACCUUUUCCUAAGUUAAAACUCGCAAACUUUGCCAAUAACCCAAUUAAUAUCAUAUUCCCAAAUACUUUUGCUGUAAUGAAUACUACUGAUUCACUAAUUAUAGGCAGUCAAGAUAUUGGCCUAGUUUUGCUUCCAAAUUCAUUUAUUGGUCUUCAAAUGCUUAGAAGUUUAACAGUUAACAAUAUUCAAGUACCUUUACUGAAAAGAGAUUUAUUUGUUGGAAUGCCUCAGUUGAAACAAAUGACUCUGACUGGUAAUAUUAAACAAAUUGAGUUUGACACUUUUCAAGAGGUACAUAAUCUCGAUACACUUAUUUUAAGUAACUGUCAUAUUCAAAAUAUAUCAAUGGAUGGAUUUCUGGGGCUGAGAAGCCUUAAAUAUCUUGACUUAUCUAAAAACGAACUUGAAUACAUACCUUCUGGAAUUUUUGAUGACUUACUAAACAUAAAAGAACUAUAUUUAAAUGAAAAUAAAUUUAAAACUCUUCCACGGGAUAUAUUUUCAAAAAUACACCCAAAAAUGUUAAGACUUAAUGAAAACCCUUGGCACUGCACUUGUCAAAUGAGUGAAUGGAAGCCUAUCAUUGCAAGUCGGAUAAAACAGAAAUAUGUUAAAGGCUGUGAUUUUUCUCAAGACAAAGGUUUAGGUUGUUUGGAGAACCGAGUAGAUUUUAAAUAUGUAUAUGACAUGAAAAUUUCACCAAAAUGUGCUGAACCCGAACAGUAUAAAAAUUGGAGUGUGUUUCAUGCUAUGAGGAAAAUUUUGAAAUGUCCUGACUAUAAACCCAAACUGAAAAAGCACAGCAGUAGCAUAAGAAAUAGCACAAUUUCUCCAGAUAUAGAUAAAAAUACAAAUAGCCUUGAAGUUUCAACUUUAGCAGCAAUCAUUAAACCAAAAUAUAAUAAAAAAAUCAGAGCCAAACUAAGGAAAAUGAAAUAUUUAAAGUACAAGCUUAAAACGCACUCCGUUCCAACCAGCAAAUUUAAAACUGAAGAAGAGGAUCCUGGAAGUAGUGACGCCAAUGACGUUAGCAAUGAUUUAAGCAGUUUUAUGGUCCAGUCAGAAGAAAACAAUCAACUUGACAACCAAAUAAUAGGAUUGCCAAAAAUGGCAAACUACAAAAAACUAUAGGCUUAAACAAAACAUUAAUUUCAAGAUCAAUCAAAUUUAAACAAAAAAAUAGUCAACACUUUCCCUUAAGUCUUAUCUGUCCUUUUAAAACUAUCUUAGAGAAAUAAGGAUUUUAAGAGUGUAUUAGGAAUUAAGUUGUUUCGAUAAAUAAUCAAAUUGGCAUCAUU